UGAAUGCGCACAUUUACAUAAAUGUUGGCGAUAUAGGCUGUGAUCAGGGGGAGAGGUGGUCCGUAUAAAUUCAUUUUAUAAGAAUGCGGGGAGGCUUUCUCGGAAGCAUCUGCUUCCUUGCCUUCCUGUUGUUCUCAGUGACAAACUGUCAAAACUUAUCGAACUCAAGCAGAACGCAAAACGAUUUAAAGCGUAAUGGUGAUAGUGAGUCAACACUAGAAAUUCAAGAGGACAACACAACCAGUGCGGAUUUAAGUUCCCGAGACGCAUUAUCAAAGCAAGUCGAAAAUUCCUUACUACAAACAAAUGAUGAAACGGCAAAAGAUGUUAACUCAGAAAAAAAUGAAGAUGUGCGCUCGAGCGCAGUGGAUUCGAGUGAACCACAAGUCGAGACUGACAAGUCCGAGCAAGCACUAGCUUCUACUACAGAGAGUUCACUUGCUAGGUCUCGAGAUGAAGCUGAUGACAACGAUGGAGAGAGUAGAUUUGGACAAGGUCUUGGCAUCGCACUAGCAAAUACGGAAGAUAAUGAUCUACUUGCUGGAAAUCAAGGAACACUAAGCAAUGCUGCAUCUAAUUCCCGAUUAGGAUCACAAAACAUGUAUCCUUUCAUGUCCAAUCUUCCAGUCUUGAGCCCUGCAUCCUCGCAGGCAUAUGCCAAUGCACAAGCUUUAGCUUCCUCAGUAAUAGGCAGUUCAUAUCAGCCAUUGCUUCAGACUCCAGAUCUUUAUCCAGGACUUGGUGGUCAAUAUUCCACAGCAACAGCCAUCGCACAGGCGCAAACUAGUUCAGACAGAUGGAACCCGUUUGAUGCAGGAAGUAUAAUUCCUUCAUUAAACAAUGCAUAUGCUCAAGCCCAAGCUACUUCAAACUUGAUAGGAUAUUAUACACCAGGUGGCCGAGCAAGAUUAAUUCCAAGUGGAGAAUAUAUUAUUCCAGGAAUCGAUAGUGGCAUCGCUUGCAAUAGGCCUGGUGAACUUUACAAUUUACUGACCACCGAUUUCGAAUGUUUAAUAUGUUCAUGUAUUGCGGAGUUCGGAAUUUUAACCCCCGCAUGUGUAAGUUGCAACUCAUGCUCUGUGCCUCUACCACCAGUCCCGGAGCCAGAACCAAUCCCAAUACCAAUACCAGUACCACCUUUACCACCACCGGAACCACAAGUGUCUUGUUCACCAUUACCGAAAGAUACGCCUUUCGAGAACCCUCUGAAUCCUUGCCAAAUAUGUGUCUGCAAGCAUGUAUUCAAUGCAAUCGGACAAACCGAUAUUCAAAUAGAAUGCCAGGAUAACCCACAAUGCAUAACGCCACCUGAUAUAAUUCCGAUACCACCAAUCCCUGAUCCGCCAACACCAGUUCCUAUGCCACUUUGCGAGAAGUUCCCGCACAAUAUACCUUUCCCACAUCCUACUGACUUCUGCAAAAUUUGCAAGUGCGUUGCGGAGAUAUCUGCAUAUGGUAUCCCAGAACAACGCAUUAUAUGCAUGCCGAAUCCUGAAUGUGAACCUCAACCGAUUCCGGGGCCUUGGCCGCUACCUGAACCAACUCAACCGGAACUCUGGCCUUUACCUGAAGUAUGGCCAUUACCAGAAAUACCGGAGCCAUGGCCAAUUCCAGAACCAGAACCCUGGCCUUUACCUAACCCAAACGAACCCGAAAUAUGGCCAUUACCGGAACCAAUCAAUCCUCAGCCUUGGCCAAUACCGGAGCCAUGGCCAAUUCCAGAACCAAUUCAACCAGAACCCUGGCCUUUACCUAACCCAAACGAACCCGAAAUAUGGCCAUUACCGGAACCAAUCAAUCCUCAGCCUUGGCCAAUACCGGAACCAUGGCCAAUUCCAGAACCAAUUCAACCGGACCUAUGGCCAUUACCGGAACCAAUCAAUCCUCAGCCUUGGCCAAUGCCGGAGCCAUGGCCAAUACCAGAACCAAUUCAGCCUGAACCAUGGCCGAUACCAGAACCAAUCCAACCUGAUCUAUGGCCAUUACCGGAACCAAUCAAUCCUCAGCCUUGGCCAAUACCGGAGCCAUGGCCAAUUCCGGAACCAAUUCAACCAGACCUAUGGCCAUUACCGGAACCAAUCAAUCCUCAGCCAUGGCCAAUGCCGGAGCCAUGGCCAGUACCAGAACCAAUUCAGCCUGAACCAUGGCCGAUACCAGAACCAAUCCAACCUGAUCUAUGGCCAUUACCGGAACCAAUCAACCCUCAGCCUUGGCCAAUACCGGACCCAUGGCCAACUCCAGAACCAAUUCAACCCGAACCAUUGCCAUUACCGGAACCAAUCAAUCCUCAGCCUUGGCCAAUGCCAGAGCCAUGGCCAAUACCAGAACCAAUUCAGCCUGAACCUUGGCCGAUACCAGAACCAAUCCAACCUGAACUGUGGCCACUUCCCGAACCAAGGCCGGAGCCUGAACCAUUGCCAUGGCCGCCACUCAUUCCAGAUGUUCCACCGAGCCCUCUACCAGGACCUUCACCUCAUAAAUCAUGCCGACCCUAUCCGCCAAACUUGCCAUUCCAGCAUCCGUGGGAUGAAUGUCAAACCUGCGUCUGUAAGGAGUUCUACGGCGAAGGCAUUAUCAACAUAGAAGUCAACUGCUUCACUAGUGCUACAUGUUUUUCGUACAUUACAGGUUACGUCUUCCCACCACUGCCAGAGCCUGCACCAGAGCCUCUUCCAUUACCACCAUCUCCAAUAUAUCCACCGGCAAACCAGAAUAUUUAUCUAGACCAGAUGUGCCAGUACCAAGGCUUGGGAUCGGAAUACACGAGCCCGGAUAACGUUUGCAAGGUGUGCGUGUGUGAACAAUUUGGCAACUUUAUAGCACCUGUUUGUAAACGAUCCAUUAGACCGGAAUGUGGCGUUUCUCUUGGUAAGCCACAAUCAUGAAAUAUAUGUAAUUCU